UCAGGUGAAUGACCGUAUGUGUGUUGUGUGUUUUGAUCACUGCUCUGUGAGGAGAAAAGCUCAGAGCUCGGGACAGAGCAGGACAGUAGCGUGCUUCCUCGAGUUGACAUCAAGGUGACGGAGUGACAUUUUUUUGGUGUAAUGAUGGCCGCUGUAACACGAUGCGUUGUCAAGAGGUUUCUCACGAACAGCGGGAGCAGGAUGAUCAUGCCGCAGUACACAGCAGCGCGGAACAGCGGCAGCGCCUCAGACAUUCCUGGAGUGAAAGAGCGCACUUUGGUUGCCAUCAAGCCGGAUGGAGUUCAGAGGCGUCUGAUUGGUCAGAUCAUUAAACGCUUUGAGCAGCGAGGGUUCCGCUUGGUAGGUCUGAAGAUGGUGCAGGUAUCUGAAGAACUACUGUCCCAGCACUAUGUGGCUCUUCGUAAGAAACCAUUCUACCCCAGUGUACUGCAGUAUAUGACUUCAGGGCCUGUGGUGGCAAUGGUUUGGGAGGGCCACAAUGUAAUCAAGUCCACACGAAUGCUAGUGGGAGACACAAACCCAGCUGAAGCUGCACCUGGAACCCUGAGAGGAGACUUUAGCAUUCAUGUUAGCAGAAAUGUUGUGCAUGCCUCUGAUUCACCUGAAGUGGCACAAAAAGAGAUCUCUCUUUGGUUUCAUCGCUCUGAGCUGAUUGACUGGGUGUGUUGUGAUUUUGGCAACAUCUACCAUCCAUGAGUGUGUUGUGUGCAUUAGUUCUUUUUUUUUAAAGUUUUUUUCAAAGAUAUCAACACUAUAUGUGUUUUAAUAAUCAUAUUUAGGAAAUGGUCAUAUAUAUAUAUAUAUAUAUAUAUAUGGUUUAGCCAAAUGAAAAAAAGAUUUAAAUACUCAAAUAUCUGAAUGACUAUUUUUUCCAAUCAUCUGAUUUUUAAUAAAUCUGUAAUUUUGUAAAUUUUGUGCAGGAACAACCCUGUACUGCUAAUCCUAAGAAACAAAUGUAGAUUACUGUAAUACCUGCUAUAAAUGAUUAUGCUUUUGUAAUAAAUAUAUUUAAUACUCUGUCCAUUA